AUGGCUACGCCCUCAGGCACACCAAGGCGGUCGACCCGCACCCCUGCUCAGGCGGAGCCGGAGCCCGUGACAAUGAUAGGGCCUUUCCAGAAGUUGGAGAGCAUUGGGAAGGGGAGCUUUGCGAUGGUUUACAGGGGUGUUCAUGUUAAGCAGAAAUCCCUCGUAGCCAUCAAGUCCGUCCAGCUUUACAAGCUCAACAGCAAGCUAAAGGACAACCUCCUGUCCGAGAUCAAGAUUCUCCGCAGCCUCCAGCACCCGCACAUCGUCGCCAUGAUCGACUGCAAGGAAUCCUCGGCGCAUAUGCAUAUCGUCACGGAGUUUUGCGAGCUCGGCGACCUCUCGGCAUUCAUCAAGAAGAGGAGCUCCUUGACAGAACACCCCGCAACAGCGGACAUGAUCCAGAAAUACCCAAACCCUGCAUACGGAGGCCUGAACGAGGUUGUUGUGCGGCAUUUCCUCAAACAGAUUGCAAGCGCCCUCGAGUUCCUCCGCGCUAAGAACUGCAUGCACCGCGAUAUAAAACCGCAGAACCUUCUCAUCAAUCCAUCGCCCCAAUACUAUGCCAAGUACAAGCCGGAACCGAUGCCUCUCGCCGUUACUGCGAACUCCCUGGUCCCCGCAACAGGCAUACCGUCUCUUCCCAUGCUGAAGGUGGCUGAUUUCGGAUUUGCUCGCUUCCUACCCCAGACUUCGCUGGCCGAAACGCUCUGUGGCUCCCCGCUUUACAUGGCCCCUGAGAUCCUGCGGUACGAGAAGUACGAUGCCAAGGCAGACCUGUGGUCAGUCGGUACCGUCUUGCAUGAGAUGAUGACUGCGAAGCCUCCGUUCAGAGCGGGGAACCACGUGGAGCUGUUGCGCAAGAUCGAAAAACAGGACGACGACAUUCGGUUCCCUCGCGAGCUAGCUAUCAGCACCGGAAUGAAACACAUCAUACGAAGCUUGCUGAAGAAGGCACCGAUUGAACGGAUCAGUUUCGAAAGUUUCUUCGAUCACCAAGUCAUCAAAGAGGAGAUUCCUGGGCUUGUAGGAGAGGAUCUGCCAUCAAAGCCAGAGUCGCAAGUAUCCGCUCUAAUCCAAGAUAUCCCGUCUCGCACAGCGUCUGCUCCUGAGUCAUCGAGACAGGUCAGUCAGCAGCAGGAACCAAUCCAGUACCCUUCAUCACCGAGGCCAAAACCAUUCUUGAGCGCAACACCACCUAGCAGACCAACCUCUCGACCCACUGCUACUGGAUCACCGAGCACACCUCCUAGAGCCGUCACCGGCGUUCAUCGGCACAGCAAUGCACCUCAGCCUAGCAAUGAGCCACAGCAGGCCCCACCGCGAGAGCGUCGCCCGCCGCUGAUGUCACAUGCCACGGCACCAGCUCGCCAGAUCGCUCUUCAGGAGCGGGUACCAGUAGCCGCAGCAGUGGCAAUGGAGAGACGCCACAGCCGCAAUUCUCCUUCCCCGAGUUCGUCAAUGUUGAAAGAGCACUUCGAGCGGGAGCGCAAUCCUCGAGGUGUGGAAGACAGAGCUCUCCGAGAAGCGAGGGAGAAGGCCGCGAAUGACAUCGCGUUCGAACGAGAUUACGUUCUGGUUGAGAAGCGAACCGUCGAAGUCAACGCGCUCGCGGAUGAGCUAGCAGCAAGCCCUCAGUUGCACCGCGGCUUUUCCGAGCGGCCAUCCUCUCCUCACCGUGGGGCUAUGGUUCGUAGAGCCACCACCCAAGGCGCGCCCGCUUCUGCACCUGGGACGCAAGGCACGCCAUCGCGGGCAAUCCAUAUGGCUGCUGGCCGGCAGCGCCCAGAAGGUGUGCAUCAAGCGAACUCCUACGAGCGGCGGUACGGGCCGAACCCUGGCUCGGCCACUUCUGUCAUCUCCAAAGCCCUCAACAUGGCCAACUUUCGUCUCUUCGGCGGUAUAGGUAUUUCUCCUCCGUUUGGCAAAGGCCCCUCCCCACCUCAAGGCUAUGGAGCGUUCCCGACCUAUCCUACCGCUCAGAGCGACCGCCUACUCCUCGGCACCAGCGCGAAGCCCGCAAAUCCCAGAGAUGAAGAUGCCAAGGUGCUCAUGGUCGUUGAAGAGCUAGCGCACCGUAGCAACGUGGUCUACGGCUUUGCAGAAGUCAAGUUCAAGCAGCUCCUCCCCGCUGGUCCACUAGAUGAUCAUGGCAUUGGCGGAGCAGAGAAACAGCCGGACGAGGCCGACGCUCCUGAGGAAGAGGAGCUCACCACCGACGCCAUCGUAACUAUUUCAGAAGAGGCUCUUGUCCUCUACGUGAAGGCUCUCGGCAUCCUCUCCCGCUCUAUCGACCUCGUCGCCAGCUGGUGGAACCGCAGCAACCGCGGCGGGAUCGUCGGCGACAACGCCUCUCCCACCUCUCACUCGCCAAACACGACCGCGGCUGCCACCACGAGCCGCAUGAACCACGUCCUCCAGUGGGCGCGUGCCCGCUUCAACGAGUGCUUUGAGAAGUCCGAAUUUGCGGGCCGCAAACUCAUGGACGCUCAGAAACAGCUCCCGCUCGACCACCCGGGCCACCCGAAUAACCACCCAUCGGCCUCUGGCUCCGCGACCAGCAGUAUUGGCACCAGCGCUGAGAACAUCAUCCUUACCACGGGCAUUACUGCGGAGAAAUUGAUGUACGAUCGCGCGCUGGAGAUGAGCAGGGCGGCGGCGGUGAACGAGCUUGUGGGUGAGGACUUGGCGGGGUGCGAAAUCAACUACUGCACUGCGAUUCAUAUGCUCGAGGCUAUUCUGGAUGGCGAGUAUGAUAUCGCGUCGGGGAGGAGCAAGAAGGAUAGUAAGACGGAGGCGGGGGCGAUCAGUGGGCUGGAGAAUGGGGAUAGGGUUACGGUGCAGAAGCUCGUGGAGAGCAUGAAGGCGCGUCUCAAGGCUCUGCGGAAGAAGAUCGAGAUGCAAAAGGCGGCGAAGCGGGCCUCGCUGUCUGGCACGGCGUCUUCGGGACAGACGCUGCAGGGCAAGGGAUCGCCAUCGCCGACGCCACUUGCCGCAAACACGCCGCCUCGCUGA